UCGACGGAAGUUGGCUUUAAGAAAAGUAAUUCACGUUUACACUUUUUGAGUACAGUUUUAACUGUUCAUGUAAAUGUUGUCAAAUUAUGAAAUGUUGUUCUUCUGAACUACACUGAACUUGUUUUACGGCUAAGUUGGUUACAGUAUUGACAAGCAAUCAAUAAUAUAAAACUUUUCGCUCUACAUUUCCACUUUCACUAUUCACCGGCCACCAGAGAUUUUUUAAACCAUCCAGAAAAUUAAAAUGUAGCCUAGACAUCAUAUCCAAUGUGGGAGCCACAGUAGUAGCUACUAGCUAAGUGAGAAAUUGUACAUGUAUUGCAGCUGGAAGGUACAGAUUGAAUGACAUUGAAUCAGUCUUAGAAAUGAUGGUUUAGAUUGACAUGAUGGAAAAAUUACAUUUGGAUAUAAAAAUGCCUGAAAUAACACUUAUAAAUCUUGUAAAUUGGGUAGCUGCAUCUGCUAUGAUAUUUGGCGGAGUUGUGCCCUUCAUACCACAAUAUAUGGACAUAAAAAGAAGUAAAAAUGCAGAAGGAUUUUCACUCUUCGUCUGUCUAACAUUACUAGUAGCCAAUAUUUUAAGAAUAAUGUUUUGGUUUGGUAAGCAUUUUGAACUGCCAUUAUUAGCUCAGAGUUUUAUUAUGGUGUUUGCUAUGUUGGGUUUGGUUGAGUUAUGUGUUAGUGUAAAACGAAAUACAGAAAUUAUCAGCUUAAAACCAAGAAGAUUUUUAGAUUCUAACUCAUCACAUACAUUUCUUGACUUUGAUUGGUCAUAUUUUUGGAAAUGGACAGAUUUUUUAAGUUAUGUAGAAUUUACAGCAACUUUUAUAUUAGUUGUAGGAGUUUUAACAUAUAUAUUUUUAACCAAUGCCAUCUAUGUUGAACUAAUAGGAUUUUUAGCAGUGUUUGCUGAGGCUAUGCUGGGUACACCACAGUUUUACAGAAAUUUUCAAAAUAAAUCAACAAUAGGAAUGAGUAUUAAAAUGGUUGGCUUUUGGACAUGUGGUGAUAUAUUUAAGACAGGGUAUUUUAUAUUACGUAGUGCACCACCACAGUUCUGGAUAUGUGGAAUGUUACAAGUUUCGAUAGAUAUGUGUAUUUUACUUCAAGUUUAUGUUUAUAAAAGUCCCCCAGUUAAAGUAUUAAAAGCCGCACAAAGUUAGUGUUUAAUAUAUAAAAGAACUGAUUUUAAUCUUAGCUUUCAUGUUGUGUUAACAUUUUUUAUACUUCAAUUUCAUGUUCUGUAACUGGAUUCUAAGCCUAGUUUAUAAAUGCCUCUUAUGUCUUUCUAGCUCAGUCUAAUUAAAAUAAGAUUAUAUUACAAUAUCAUUGUGACAUACAUGUAGGGGAGUCGGUUGACCGAAUGGUUAGCACGUGUGUGCUGUAUGAUCAGGUCUGUCAUUGAGUCAACUAGCGUGACAAGGAGUAGGGUCACUUGUCCAACCAUGUGGGUUUUCUCCGGGUCCUCCCACUGCUAAAGACCCUACGCGCAAGCGAAUUAUUGAAAUAAAAUUGAAUCACAUGUUAGUCCCAAAAUGACCUAGUUUGUGUCAUUGCUCUGUCUCUCUCUCAUUGUGACUUUUACCCUACACUGAAACUUAGUGUCAAGCACAUCUUCAGCCUGAUAUUGAUGUGUGUGAAAUAGCUUUACCAUCCAUUUCCAUUGAAGUGAUAUUGCCAAUAUUAAUAGCAAUGAGCAUUGAGCAUGUCAGUCAAAUGAUGUAAUCCCCAUACCACAUUCUCAAACACGUUAUAGGCAGUAUUUCUAAUUGGGUGACUCAGAGACUGAACAAUGUUUUGUAUAAUUUAUUGCUUAAGCUUAACCUUAAAGAAACAUAGAUGGGGACUUGUCAUGUCCCUAUAAUAUGCCCACCAGAAGCACAGUCAUCUACACUAGCUCUAAAAAUCAUUGUGAUCAAAUCCUGUAGGGCAAACUGUGAACUCAGUGUCAAACUUGAACAGUUAAAAUGUGAACGUAAAAGUAACUCGACACCUAACGUGUUCAAAAUUUACGAUCCAAAAUACGUUUCUUCCUUACACCAUAAUAAAGUUUUAGAAAUUCUAUCAAUAACAAACAUGUAUCACAUUCAAAAGAUUUCAUCAAUUUGAAUGUAAACUGGGGAAUAUUAUCUCCUUGAUAUCCGGUUGAAAAAUUCUGAAUUUGGAAAAAACAACAAUUUGUUUACAUGGAGGCUGCUAUCUGAUGUACCUUGGUUUCAUAUCCCACAAACCACAGACCCAAAUACUGCUACAGACAAAUCUGAUUGGCCAAUUAGUUCAUAUGAUCUGAAUGUUGUCUUCAACAGAAAUAUGUCAUACAUGUAUGUCACAGUGAAGUACAACAAUUAACAAAACAAAUUGAUAUCUGAUUUUAAUUAGAUUGUUUCUAACCAUGUUUUCUUUUAAAUGAUCCAUUAUGAAUAAACAAUAACAUAAUGUAAAGUAGUAUUUUUCAAAAAUAUUUUUCGUAAAUAAAGUUUAAUUUAUUGGACAUUUAUUUAAAAUGUUUCUCUUUAGAAAGAGAAUUGUUGAUAAUUUGCAACCAUGCACAAAAUAGUUUGAAAAUCACUAGUUUGCUUUAUUAUUAUGAUUAUAUAUUGUGAGCUAUACGUACAACCACCUGUUCAUGUUAAUGUAUCAACAUAUUUUUAUGUAAUACUUGUUAAUUGAUACAUGUAAAUACUGACCAACCUGGUUUCUUGAAAAAUAUUUGAGGAAAAUGAUAUAUUUCAUACCCAUAUAUCCCUUGACAGCAAGAACUACUACUCCAUAUUGUAGGACUGGCUGUAUAUUUGUUCUUAGAUAUUCACAUGACUCAAAUUCCAUUGUAUCUCAACAGUAGCUCUAUCUAUGCACCUAACAUUUGAAAUUUAGACAGAGAGUCGAUACUUUAAAAAAAAUAUAUAUUCUCCAAAUCAAAGAAAUCUAGUCAUUUUCAAGUACUGUAAUAGAACAAUUCUAUGACGACCUCAAGGAAUUUUAUGAGAAAAUAACAGUACAUUUUUGGGGUGAAAAUUAAUGGUGUUGAUGUAUCUGUAUUUAAAUUAGAUGUGUUGACUUAUUUUGUAGGAAGGUUAUCUUUGUUAGACUAAAACGAAAAUAAAAUUAAUAAAUAUACUGAUUAUCAAUGAACUGAUAACUUAAUCAUAAUUUUUAAAUUAUAUUGAUAAAUAUAUAUUUAUUAUCUCUGCAAUCAUGACUUAAUUUGAAGUAAACAACCACCUUAAAGAUACUUUCUUGCGUACAAAGUACUACAAACUGUGUGAUUUGAUGAUAUAUUUUUGACUAAAAACAUACAUAAACUAAUUAAUCUAUCAAAAAUUUGCUUCAAAUCCCUCUCAAAACUUUGUAUUUGCAGGGAGAUAUCUCAAGCUAUAAAAGAUCUAUUUUUACAAGCCAUGGUUGUCUCCUUGACCCAUUACUAAUCUUAAAACCAUGACCCAUUACUAAUUAAUUGAAAAAUGCACAUUUAAAAAAAAUGUUUUUUUUUCCAUGUUGACCAAAAAUAAAAAAAAGAUCUCUUUAUGCUAACAGUUGAUUGAAUGAGCAAAUUUAAGUCUGAUCAAAAAUGUUAACUUAUAUGAGUUUAAUUUCUUAAAAGUUUUCAUUUAUUGUAGAGUUUAAUACAAACAUGAUAAUUUAUUAACAUUACCCUCAUUAUUAAAGAAUAAUUAAAUUAAUAUGUUUAUUUCAAUUCUAAUGACAUAGGAAUUAGAUACAAAGUUUAAAAAAAAAUUUGAAUGAUCUCAUUUGUAUGUACACAUGUUAUCUUUAGCUUACCAUGUUAAUUGAUAUUGUGCAUCACAGCAAUUCAUAUUUCUAGAGUGUAAAUUUUUCAUAGAUCUUGCUCAAUUUAUAAGCUGGGUGUUUAAUAUACACUAUAGUGAUAUUUUGUGCCAUAUUUAUUGACAAGUAAUAAUAGUAAUGGAACAACCACUGCCAGAUUGUAAGAUUUUAUUUGGAUGUACAAUUCAUUGUAUCAAGAUAUUUCUUACCCCUGUGCAAAUAUAUGCUUCAUUACAUAAUGACAAGUUUUUACAUUCAAAUAUACACAUUUUUGACUUUUCAAAUCUAUGUGAACAGUCUCGCUUGUUGUGCCUUUAACUAAAACAUGUAAUUUUUGUAAUGUUUUGUUACUGAAAAUAUUGAAUUAAUUACAUUAAAACGUAGUGGCUUACUAGUACUACAAAUAUUAUUUGUGUAACAUAAAAUAUAUAAAAGUUUCUCACCAUAAUUUUAUAUGAUUACUCUUGAAUAACAACCUAAAGCAGAUAAAAUAUCCAAUCCAUAUAAUAUUAAUAGUACUAAGUAUAUUUAUGUAAAAUUAUAUAAUUCAAAGCAGCAUUAUGGAAGAUUAGAUAAGAGCUGACAGUUCUCGCUAUAAUAGUUAAAAAAUAGAUAAUAUAACCGGAAUAUGUUGAAAAUUUCAGUCAAAUUACUUCACUUUGAGCCUAGGAAUACUCAUUUUAAUAACACUAUAGCCUCAUUGGUCAUUGUUACGAUAAUAAACAAAGUCUCAAGUCUCGAUUAUCCAUUUUUACGGUUAAUCAUCAACAGCCGUUGAACAGUUGAUCGGAUUCAAAUCUAAUGAAAACUGGACUCAACAGAGGGCAUCGAGAGUUGAUUGUGUUAAUAAAUGUCUAAUUAAUAGUUUAUAUACCUGCUAUAGGCAGAUUUAGCUCUUAUAUAAUGUAUGAUUAAGGGACCACUCUUGUGUUUCAACCUUCUGUUGUACAAUUUUAAAAUAUUCCGAGGAACCUGUAAAUACUGAAAAAAAUUAUAUGCAUUUUAUUUAUCAAAGAAUUUUGUUUUUACAUUCUUUAAAAUGGUAGUUCAUUCCAUGAAUAUUUAUUAAUUUAAGGAUAAAAAAUAUACUUAUACAGUAUUAUUGAUAUGAUAUUUUGAUUUACACAUUCAAUAUAUUUUUAACAUUCUUUCAUAACUUCCAGUGCUCCUUCUGUCAGUUGACUCGACAAAAGCAGUUUUGUAAUUAAAGAUAUGUUCCUUUGCAGAUAAUAAGGCUAUUCUUGUGCAACAUAUAUCAUAUUUUCUUCUGACCUAGAAAAUCAAAAUUAUCCACAAACAGUGAUAAGCUCACAAAAAGAAGAAUGGAAUCCUCAGUGACAAUUGCAUGAUUGGUAGACAACAAUCAUAUUUACUUCUUGAUAAUUGAUUCUGUGAGCUAGUGGGUAUAGAUUUCAAAUUGCUUCCCAAAACAGACACAAAAAAGUUCAAAUCCAGAGAUAAAUUUGAUGAAAAUCAAUAAUAAUCCACUUUUUGUUUUUUUUUACAAGAAUCUGUUUUUUCACUCACAACACAGACAUUAGAUAUUUCAUUCAGCUUUUGCCAUUAUAAUUUCAUCUGUAUUAUUAUAUAAUGUGUUCAAUACUGUUCAUGCUAGUGCCAAUGCACUUGAAUUAGUUUAAAGACCCAUUUAAAGUUUAAUGACACAAAAUGGCAGACAUUAUUGAAUCCAUUGAAAUGGUGUACAAUAUUUACAUGCAAUCUAUUAAAUAACAUCCAUUUAUUUUUUCUUAUAUAUGGAAAUAAGAGUAAAAUGUACCUCAAUAGUCAAUAGUAUAAUCUGUGGAUCACUAAAUAGACAAGAGUGUACCAAUUUGUGUAUGAAAUUAAACUUUACCAAAAUAAAGAUAUUUUUAAUUUUA